CCAGCAUUUUAAUAUGCAAUUUUCAAAGAAUUUAUGCUCAAGUAUUCCAUUUCUGGACGGGCUCAAAGUAUUCGAUUCUUUCAAAUAUUUCAGGGUUCAACAAUGGCUGCGACGGCGAUUUCUAGAAAUGGGAAUUGAAUAUGGAAUUCAAAGCACAAGUCGUUUUUGCCUAAAGGGCCGGCUGGCGAAAAUGAAAACGAAAAAGGUGGAGGAGUUUACAGCGGGGUAUUAUGGGCUUUGUACGGCGGGAGGAAUGCUCAGUGCUGGGACUACCCAUCUUGCCAUCACUCCUCUCGAUGUCUUGAAGGUUAAUAUGCAGGUGAAUCCUAUCAAAUAUAGCGGCAUCUUAUCAGGGUUUAGUACUCUUUGGAGAGAAGGAGGCCCUUCUGCUCUUUGGAGAGGUUGGUCCGGAAAAUUAUUUGGUUACGGUGUCCAAGGUGGAUGCAAAUUUGGUCUCUAUGAAUACUUCAAGAAACUUUAUGGGGAUGCAUUGGUAGAUCAGAACAAGGGUGUCAUAUUCUUCCUGAGCAGUGCAUCCGCUCAGAUAUUUGCUGAUGUUGCUCUUUGUCCAUUUGAAGCUGUCAAAGUUAGAGUUCAAACUGACCCUAGUUUUGCUAAAGGUUUGGCUGAUGGAUUUCCAAAACUAUAUGCUAAUGAGGGCCAUUCUGGGUUUUACAAGGGUCUCUUUCCCCUUUGGGGCCGUAAUCUUCCAUUCUCUAUGAUCAUGUUUUCAACAUUUGAGCAUUCUGUGGAUCUUAUGUAUCGCAACGUAAUACAAAGAAGGAAGGAAGAUUGCUCAAAAUCUGAACAACUUGCUGUGACAUGUCUAGCUGGCUAUGCAGCUGGAGCUGUUGGUACUGUAAUCUCUAAUCCUGCUGACAAUAUUGUUGCAUCUCUUUACAACAGAAGGGCUGACACUGUAAGGCAGGCUGUAAAGAAAAUUGGACUUGUUAAUUUGUUUACUAGAAGUCUUCCUGUUCGAAUUGCAAUUGUGGGGCCUGUUGUUACUCUGCAGUGGUUUUUCUACGACACUAUCAAAGUUUCGACUGGACUGCCUACUAGUGGAGGGCUUAGAAGGAAUCAAGAAGAUACAGGAUUAAUAGUUUGUGAAGCAACAGCUCAGUAAAUCAAUAUUUAAUGAAUCUGCAGAAAUCAAGAGCUGGUCAUGAAAAUGGACUCUGAUGUUAAUUUUUAAGUUUUUCUUCCUUUACAUGGUCCUCACAUGAAUUCGCAGCGCACAAGAUUGCCAACUUUUUCUCCUUGUUGGUUUUGUAUGGCUGCACCCUGCUGGGAUGGUUGUAAAUAAUAACAAUGUUAAGGGGAUGUUAAGUAUGGUGCUUCCUCUAAGCUCAUUCAUAGAUAGUUGGCUAGAGAAGUGAAUUUUUUUUUACUAAAUUCCUACUAUAUGUCGCCUUCUUGUUGGAGGUCGAAAUUCUUACUUGCCAUGCAGCUAGACAUUAUCUUCUUAGUAAUUGUUACUGUUUCAUUUGUUUGCACCGCUUUGUAAUUCGGGAAAUGGAUUUUGUACGAUAA